AUGAAGUCGAAGACGGUCAGUUUCUAUCCGACCGACUCGGCCAAGGCUUACAAGGAGAAGCUGAAGUCCAGGAAGGCCGAGGGACACGAACCGAAGAAGAAAGUCAAGAGGAUUAUAGAUCCCGACGUCAUGGAUGACUGUGGCGAGGACCUCGGAGAGCUCAACUACCUACAGAACGAGGAGGUGUGCUGGUGGGAGAUGCCGGACAAUGAGGAGAUGGAGCUCUACCAAUAUUUGAAGGAGGAGCGACCCUUUGUGUUGGUGCUGGCUCCUCAAUGUACUGGUACCGCGGGAUGGUGCACGGUAAACGAGUCGAUCGGCAGCGAGGAGUACCCGCUCCGAUUGACCAUCCUCCACCUGGACUACCAGCUCCAGCAGCAGAGGCAGCGGCAGCAAGUGCUCCUCCGCCACCGCCCGCACCAGAAGAAGCGGUCGAUCCCCGUGCUCGUCGGGCGGCGAUUGGACCUCAUUUAUGUCCUGGAUGUCGGAGAAAUCGAGUCAGCACGCAUCCGACACACAAUCGCAUCCCGGGACAGUGUCGACAUCCGCUGGUACAACCGCUGGAGUACAAUUGUCCCGCGUGCAGAACGGGUCGAGAUCGGCACGAUCCCCGUGCCGGACAUCGAGUACAUCCUCGAGCAGGAGAAGAAGAGGAGGACGCCGCUCCACAUCCUGAAGCCGGACCCUCAGGUGCUGCCUCGGCAGCAGCUCGGGAAGGCGAUGAUGACGUAUAACUUUAUCCUGAAGCUGGACCCUCUGGAGCGGCUCCGGAUGCAGCAGCGGAGGAAGCCAUUCUUCCUGCAGGAGGACCAGGACCUCCGGCCGGGGCAAGCGGAGACGAGGCUGAAGAUAGCGGCUCGCACGCGAACGAGACCAGCGGCUCAGCUCGGAGACCUUCGGGUAGGUGACUCGGUGGACAUCUUCAGGGACCCGCCGAACAAGGAUGUCACUGGCUGGCGGGGACCUUGCAAGGUAGUUGCCAUGGAUCGAGCUGACGAGGGCACCAUAGACGUGCGAUGGCAGGGUCGCACGCUACCGUGCCGACCGGCCGAUGUUCGUAAGGCAGUAACAUGGUGGACUCUGAUUGCGGCUCCUGGCCGCGGGGACACCAAGCCGUACCAGCUCUUAGUAUACUAUGUGGAGAACAUGGCGGCGGGCACGACGUUACUCCUGGGAUAUGAGAUCGGAGAGGAUGGGCACUGGAGGUUCUGCGACAAAUUGAUGUUCACGUCCCUCAUGUUGGAGGACCGCAUCAGAUGCCCGACUUCCCAGCACCGCGCGGUCAGGUACGGCCGCGCGAUCCGCAUGACGUGGACGAACGAUCGGAUCGAUGGCAUCGCUGGCCGACACCCGAGGACAGAGUUCAGUUUCUUUCGUGCCAUCCUUGACAACCGAUCACCGCCUGAUGCAGAGUACUGGUUAGAUUCCCGAGUGUUGGAAGCUGUUGAGGUGGCUACUCAUCUUGAGAAUACAGAAAGGGAGACGCAAGCUCUGGAGGUGGAGUUUGGAUCGGAGAUUUCCAGGCUUGUGAUCAUGACCUCUGAUACGCACGACUUUCCCAAGUCAGAGAUCUUUUCCCUCUUUGCGAACGACGAGAGACACCGCAUUAUUCUGCCCGUCAACUCGACAGGGAAGACCAAGAUGGUUAUUGAACGAGAGGCUGACGAACUCAACAAGGAGGACCUGAUUAAGCAUCGAGUGGAGGUGGAAAAGGCUAUGUCGAAGGAGCUAGGCAACUGGAUCGAGUUGGGCGCGCUCAAGCAACGCAGCAGGCAAGGAUGCACCAACUUGAUGGACUCUCGAUGGGUUAUCCGCUGGAAGAAGCAGCCAGACGGCAAGUUGGCAGUCAAAGCGCGACUAUGCAUCAAGGGCUUCAAAACCGUUCAGUUGGACCUGCCCAAGGACACGGUGAAGAUCGCGAGGCAGUUUGAGCCGUUGUCCAACUAUGAUGUGAGUCGGCAUUGCUUGGAGAUGGUACGUCCAGGUUUCGGUCUUAAGGACGCGCCAAGGGCAGUCAGGACUGGCACGCUCGGCGUGCGUGUAUCACCCUGGCCGGCGGACGCGCUGGCCGAGCUGGACAGCUACGACCCUCGGGAGGACCUCAAGGUGUUGACCAUUUGUUCGGGGAUCGAGUCGCCAUUGGAAGCGCUGCGGCUUCUCGGUGUCAAUCCCAUCUCUACUGGAUAUUGGGACACGGAGGCGCGCUACGACGCUUUCACCAUCGGUGCAAUCCACCACCUCGCCAACCGCACCGUGUCGGGGAGCAACCCGUAUGAUCGUAUCCCGAGGCCAGGCCUCAAGGGGUUCGUGCUCGAGAAUAGCAUGGGCUACGCCUUGUUCCCGCCUGCCACCCCGCAAGGUCACUGUGCCACCAAGCUAUGGCACUGGGUCUGA